AUGUUAUCAAAAAUUGACCUGAUAGAAGAAAUUGGACGUGGAGCAGGGGUUCUUCGUGAUGCAUUAACAUCAUUCUGGAAAGGCUUUUGUAAUGCCUUAAGUGUUGGUGCUCAGAGUAAAGUACCUGCAAUUCGCCAUGACUAUCAAAAGAAAGAGUGGGCAGCUGUAGCCAGGAUCUUGCUGUUUGGAUUUAUGAAGGAGCGUUACUUUCCACUGGUUUUGUCCCCAGCAUUCAUAGCAGCAUGUUUGUUUGGGGAAGAUGGUGUCAGUGAUGACUAUCUGCUGAAAUCGUUUUAUAAGUAUAUAGGUGAAGAAGAAAGAGAAGCAUUGAAGAAAUGCAUGAGUGAUGACUUUGAUUCUACAGAUGAGGAUGUGUUAGAUUUUCUAUCUAGUUACAAAUGCUAUAAACAUGUUACCAAAGAAAACAUAAAUGAGAUAAUUCAUCAACUUGCCCAUCAAGAAUUAAUUCAACGACCCAAAUAUAUAAUGCAUUGCUGGUCCCCCUAUUUGAAGAUAUUGCUGCAGUUUGAUGAUUUUAAAUCAGUGGAAGCUCUUGAAAAUUUUUACAAUCAAAAAAAGCCAACACCAAAAAAGUUGAUCAAACUUAUAGAUGCAAAUCCAGCAAAUGAUGCAGAGAGGAGCUGUUUAGAUCAUCUCAAGCGCUACAUCAAGUCCUUGCAAUGUACCUUGCUAGAAACAUUCCUUCAAUUCAUCACAGGAAGUGAUAUCCUCUUGUGUGACAGCAUAGCAAUAUCAUUCAGUGAUUUAUUAAGUGAUCCAGUUCAGUCUGGCAAAGGUAGAAGACCAAUAGCUCACACAUGUGGACCAGUUUUGGAGCUGCCAUCUACAUAUCAGUCGUACAAUGAACUAAGUGAGGAAUUUACAGAACUCUUGAACAACAAGGAUUCAUGGGAAUACAAUAUUGUUUGA